AUGGCGCUCGCGGCGCCGGCCUCGGACGCCAAGCCGCGCCUCAAUGUGCCACCGUCCAUGGCGGCCGCGCUCCGCCUCGACCCCGUGGGGCUGGGGGCGGGGCCCUCGACACCGUCCCCCUCCCGCCGCCUCGCCGAGCCCCCCAAGACGCCCUCCCCGUCCAAGACCACCUACAGCGACCGCUUCAUCCCCUGCCGCUCCUCCUCCCGCCUCCAGAACUUCGCGCUUCUUGACUCCCCUCUCUCCCCGGCCAAGGACGACACGCCCUACUCCCGCCUCCUCCGCGCCGAGCUCUUCGGCCCCGAUUCGCCCAAACCCACCUCCGCAGCAUCCGCCUCGCCCAACACCAACCUCUUCCGCUUCAAGAAAGACCACUCCGCGCCCACCUCCCCCUUCGCCAAAGCCGCCGCCGCCGCGCACCAUGACUGCAUCGCGGGCUCCGGAGACGCGCCGUCGCCGCAGAAGCCACCCAGGAAGGUCCCCAAGACGCCGCAUAAGGUCCUGGACGCGCCAUCCCUGCAGGACGACUUCUACCUCAACCUCGUGGACUGGUCCUCGCAGAACGUGCUCGCCGUCGGCCUCGGCACCUGCGUCUACCUAUGGUCUGCGUCCAAUAGCAAGGUCACCAAGCUCUGCGAUUUGGGGCCCAGGGACAGCGUCUGCGCCGUGCAUUGGUCACGGGAAGGCUCUUAUCUUUCCAUUGGCACCGGCCUUGGAGAUGUCCAGAUUUGGGACAGUUCUCGCUGUAAACAGAUUAGAAAUAUGGGAGGUCACCAAACACGGACUGGGGUAUUAGCAUGGAGCUCAUGCAUCUUGUCCUCAGGUAGCAGGGACAAGAACAUAUUGCAGCAUGACAUCCGUGUCCCCAGUGACUAUAUCAGCAAGUUUUGUGGUCAUAGAUCAGAGGUUUGUGGACUCAAAUGGUCGCAUGACGACCGUGAGCUUGCCUCGGGCGGAAAUGACAACCAGUUAUUAGUGUGGAACCAACGAUCGCAACAGCCAGUGUUGCGGUUGACAGAACAUACUGCCGCUGUUAAAGCAAUAGCGUGGUCACCACAUCAGCAAGGACUCCUGGCAUCAGGAGGUGGAACAGCUGAUAGAUGCAUCAGGUUUUGGAACACGGCUAAUGGAAAUGUUCUGAACUCAAUUGACACAGGCAGCCAGGUUUGCAACCUUGCGUGGUGUAAAAAUGUGAAUGAGCUUGUGAGCACACAUGGGUAUUCCCAAAAUCAAAUCAUGGUGUGGAAAUAUCCAUCCAUGUCAAAGGUUGCAACUCUAACCGGACAUACGAUGCGUGUGCUUUACCUUGCGUCGUCGCCUGAUGGACAGAUGGUGGUAACAGGAGCAGGCGACGAAACUCUACGGUUCUGGAACAUAUUUCCAUCAGUUAAAACACAGCACAGGAUCGAAAUGGAGCUCGACGGCAAGUACAGCAAGGACCAGAGCCUCAAGUGCGACUGCCUCCUCUUCGACCUUGAUGACACGCUAUACCCGUUCAACUCCGGCAUUGCUGCCGACAUCAUGAAGAACAUCCAAGAUUAUAUGGUGCACAAGCUCGGUGUUGAGGAGUCCAUAAGCUUGGAGCUAUGCGUCCUCCUCUACAAGCAGUAUGGAACCACGAUGGCUGGCUUGAGGGUGUUCACAAAUGGUGACAGAGCCCAUGCUUCAAGGGCCCUGAAGAGGCUUGGGAUUGAGGAUUGCUUUGAAGGAGUCGUGUGCUUUGAGACACUGAACCCUACAUCUCCUCCUGCUCCAGCUGACGAACUUCAAAUCUUUGAUAUAAGGAAGCAUCUGGCUCACCCACAGCCUGGAGUGGAGCUACCAAAAUCACCUAUCCUGUGCAAACCGUCAAGGGAGGCAAUGCUGCAGGCUCUCAAGGUCGCAUCCAUCAAUCCACAGACAACUAUAUUGUUCGAUGACAGCUUCAGGAACAUUGAAGCUGCAAAGCAAAUUGGAAUACGUACUGUCCUGGUUGGAACAUCUGAGCGGAAAAAAGGUGCUGACCAUGCCUUGGAAAGCCUCCACAACAUGAAGGAAGCACUGCCUGAGCUGUGGGAAGAAGCUGAGAAGGAUGAAGAUGUGAGGAAUUCGAGCAAAGCCGGAAUCGAGACAUCGGUGAUUGCAUGA